UGUUUUGUUAGCCACAUGUAUUGGAAAUACAUACGUAUUUUGGGUUAAAGAUUUUUCGCGAUUUUUUUUUUCUUUGAAAAUUUCAACAUAAAAUUUAUUUUUGGCGGCAGUACGACCCGAUUGAAUUAAUUUUUUAAUUUAUUGCAUUAAUUGUAGCAUUAAUUUUUGCAAUGUAACCAAUGGACAACGUCGAUAAUGAUGAUAACUCGAAUUCAAAAACUAUUGAUGAUGAUGUUUAUAUUGUUGAAUCACAACGUGGUGGAGUUCAUUUAAUUGCACAUGGUUAUCAUUAUCGAUAUGAUCGAAAACUGAGUGAUGGCAUAACAGAUUCGUUUCGAUGUUCUGAAAAAAAUUGCCGUGGUCGUUUAUUUAAAAAUGGUGAUGAUAUUAAAAUAAAACAUGAACAUGAUCAUGCACCCGAUAUGGUUGAAAUGCAAGUUCGGCGAACUAUGAUCGCCAUAAAAGAAUGUGCUCGAACUACAAAUGAAUCAGCCGAAACAAUCAUUGCAACACAUCGAGCAACAUUGCCUCCAGAGGUUAAUGAACAAAUGCCUAAAGAUUCACAAAUCAUACGUACAAUAGGUCGUCUUCGAUCAAUGAUGGACGACAAGUUUGAUGAACAACAACCAAUUGGAAAUCAUCAAUAUAUGGCUCAAAUUGUCGCUAUACCGGAUUCUGUGAAUUUUAUUUGUGCUGAUAACAAUCAACAAUUCACCCCUCAUCAUCUAGAUGAAAUAACAAUCGAACAACAGGAGCAGCAACAACAAUUUGUUUCUGAAAAUACUGAAAACAACAGUAAAGAAAAAAAGAUAUCAGAACGAAAACAAAAAAAAUUACAAAUAUGGAAACAAAUUGAAAUGAAUCGAAAAGCUAAUAUCAAUAAUAAUAGACGAUCAAGACGAUUCUAUGCAAGUUUGCAACGUUCUGUAGGUAAAAAUCAAAAUUCACUCCAUCCAAGUAAUAAUAUUGACCGUCAUGAUCAUCGGGAAGAUGCAUCAUCAUCAUCAUCAACGAUGAUAGAAUCAGAAAUGAAUAAAGAAUCGAAGAUUAGUUUCUCAGGAAUUGUUACCAACAAAAAUAAUGACACAUCAUCCAUGAACAGAUUAUCAUCAUCAUCAUCAUUAGCAAAUGUUCAUAGCAAGCAACCCAUUCCAGCACCGCAAAUUAAUACAUCUAUAAUUGGUACGGGAAAUGUGACAGAUAAAGAAGCAUGGGCACUUGUAUCACGAUUAAUGAUUUAUUUCAAUCAAGAUGGUUAUGAAGAUAGUCCAAUAGAAUCUCUUGAUGAAUGUCUUCAUUAUAUACAAAAACGUAUGCGUGCAAAACGUUUACAACAACAACAACAACCAGCAACUUGAUGAUAAAUAAAUGUAAUGAUAAUGAUAAUCUUUAAUAUUUUAUCAUUCACCAAUAAAUGAUGUAUUUAUAAUCCUA